AGCUACCGACCAGUGCGUACAGGCAACAACAAAGUAUUAAAUCCAUCAACAUCUCACGUCUCUAGUUAUUUGAUCAAAGUGAAUCCAGUUGCACAAUUAAAUAAAUAUAAAUUAAAUUAGAUUCGGAAAACAACAUCGAAGCGAUGACAAUGUUUACCUCGACCUUCCAAUUCAACACGCCCCUACAAGAGGAAAAACUUCAGGAGGAACUAUCCAAAACAAAAUCCCUAAAACCCGGAUUGGAAUCGCUCCCAACCGAAAUCCAUAUCCUGAUCAGCCAGCAGCUCAUAUACCCAGAUGCACUUUCCCUGAAGCACACAUGUCGCCACUUUUACUCGCUUGUUGACACUGGCAUUAAGUUGAAGGUCACAUGGCUCAUGGAACGUCGUAGCCUGCAUCUCGAGUGCCCCAAUGAGCGCUGUGAUUUGGGUAGUGAUCUGAAGUUCUGCAGGGGCAGUAUCAGGUAUGUUAUAUGUGCUCCUCAAAAAAACCAGUCUCAGAUUGCUAAUCAAUCUCUUAGGCUUCUCAUGCGGCGACGUCGUGAACAUAUGGAGUGCGAGUCGCGACCUGGGCUUGGAUGUUUGGUUUACGGGACAGGCGUCUGUACUCAGAAGCCUCAGCUAAGAAGCCAAUGCGUGAGAUGGCUGAGAGCUCAGCUGACAUUUGAGAUAUGGUGGAUCUUGCUGGCACUAGUGCCGCUUCUGAUCGGUUGGUUCUGGGUACUGGAUUGCCUACGUUGAAAGCGGAUGGACGUAGAAGAUGCAUCCGCAAAGCUCUCUUUAGACGAUCAAAUUCAUACAAGUUGGCGCUUCUCACCGAGUAAUACAUGGGUGUGAUGAUUUUUGUUUGGAGUGCUAACGAUUGUGAGUCGUGUAUGGUCAUUUGUUCAAAGGCAACCUGCUGGGCUCGUGGCAUUUCCCUGUCCAAAUAACAGCC